AUGCUGCAACCACUGAAGAACGUCGUUGUCCUAGGAGGCUCCUAUGUCGGGCUGGCCGCCGUGGAAGAGCUUGCUGCAACUCUACCGAAGUCUCACCGAAUCCUGUUGGUCGAGCCCCAUAGCCACUUUCAUCACCUUUUCGCAUUCCCUCGCUUUGCAGUCUUCCCAAACCAUGAGCACAAGGCUUUCAUUCCUUACAAGGCAGCUUUUGCCAAGUCGUCCGAUCCGUCAAGACAUGCAGUUAUCCAAGCUCGCGCAGAGGCUGUCCGGAGAAACUCUCUUGUCUUGGAUCGGGACUGGCAGGGCUCCAAGGAAGUUCCCUUUGAGUUUCUAGUUGUGACAACUGGUACCCGACUGCCGAGCCCUGGUACAAUGCAGCAUGAUGAUAAGGCAUCCUCAAUCACCAGCCUCCAAUCAUACCAGAAAUCCGUCCAGAAGGCAUCUUCCAUCGUCAUUAUCGGAGGCGGUGCUGUGGGUGUCCAAAUGGCCACUGAUCUGAAGGAGCUCUACCCCGAGAAAGAGGUGACCCUGGUUCAUUCCCGAGAGCAUCUUAUGCCUCUUUACAACACGAAGUUGAGCGACAUUAUCAAGACUCGAUUCAACGAGUUAGGUGUCAAGUUGGUGACCGGAACACGCGCAGUCAUCCCUGAUGGCGGUCUGGCGACCAAUGGCUCUCAGACCGUUGUGAAGCUCACAGAUGGCAGCGAGCUCUCGGCGGAUCUUGUCAUUCCCGCAACAGGCCAAAUUCCCAACAACCAGUUCCUCCGUGGUCUUGAGGCAAGCGGUGACGGACCUAUCUUGAGCCCUACGAACGGGUUCAUUAAAGUGCGACCCACGCUUCAGUUCCAGGACCCAGCGUACUCUCACUUGUUUGCUGCCGGUGACAUUGCCGAUUCUGGAGCACACAAAGCUGCCCGACCCGGCGCCGGGCAGGCCAAGGUGGUCGCCCAGAACAUAUUGGCCAUGGUCAAUGGUCGGGAGCCGACGGAGAACAUUGUGGUCAACCCACCGGCAAUUCAUCUCUCGUUGGGGCUUACAAAAAACAUGAUUUUUGGAAACCCCAAUGUUACAGCUGGAGAAACAGAGCCUCGUAUCGUGAUGCGUGAUGACGGAAAGGAUGAUAUGAACAUUGAGAGCGUUUGGGCACGACGGGGCGUCCAGGUUACUGACUCGAGAGAGUACCAUUUGUAG